AUGGCGUCGUUCGACUUCAGCAAGAAGAAUGCUAAUAAUCUCGCCACAACCUUCUCCCUCGUGCUACUCACCAUCUCCUCAGCCAUACCAGCCUCCGGAACUUGGCUCCGGGCACAUGCAACUUUCUACGGAGAAAGCGACGCUUCCGGCACAUCGUCAGGCGGAGCUUGUGGGUACGGGAACCUGUACACGGACGGAUACGGAACGAAGACGGCCGCGCUGAGCACGACGCUGUUCAACGACGGGAAGGCGUGCGGCGGCUGCUACCAGAUCGUCUGCGACGGCACCAAGGUCCCCCAAUGGUGCCGGCGGGGAACCUACAUUACGAUCACGGCGACCAACCUCUGCCCGCCAAACUACAACCUCCCAAGCGACAACGGCGGGUGGUGCAACCCUCCCCGGCCCCACUUCGACAUGUCCCAGCCGGCCUUCCUCGCCAUCGCCCAGUACAGGGCCGGGAUCGUCCCCAUCCUCUACCGAAGGGUGGGAUGCAGGAGGAGCGGAGGGAUGAGGUUCACGAUCAACGGGAGGGACUACUUCGAGCUGGUGCUGAUAUCGAACGUGGGAGGAGUCGGGGAGAUCUCGGCGGCGUGGGUCCGAGGCUCGAGGACGAACCGGUGGGAGGCGAUGUCCAGGAACUGGGGAUCCAACUGGCAGAGCCUGAGCUUCCUCAACGGUCAAGCUCUGUCCUUCAGGGUCCAGGCCAGCAACGGCAGGAUCCGCACCGCUCUCAAUGUUGUCCCUUCCAACUGGCGCUUCGGACAGUCCUUCAAAUCCAACGUCCAGUUCUGA